AUGGCCUCUACGGACGUCGUACAGGGCUCGAGCACGACCAACAUCAUCAUGACCGCGACGACUCCGCCUGCUGAUCUCGCUUCCCGCACUCCCACUCUCGCUGGCGAUCACGAUCACCAACUCUCGCGGAGCGCUGAGGCUUCAGAGUUGCCGCUCGCGGAUGUAAAGCUUGCCGCUGUGGAACCGCCGCUCGAUAUCGAGCAUGUCCUGGUCCAGGACGACCCGAGGAAAUGGUCCCCGUUUAGAAAGAACCUGUCUUUGUUUAUCAUAUCGAGUGCGGCGUUCAUUGCGGGGCUGGCUGCGAACAUCUAUAAUCCGGGUAUCAAUGACAUCGAACGUGAACUUCACGCCACAAGUGGCGAUAUCAGUCUAUCGCUAGCGCUCUUUAUCCUGAUGCAAGGCGUACUGCCAUUAUUCUGGAGCGUAGCGAGCGAGAUCAAAGGUCGAAAGCUCGUCUACAUCAUCUCAAUCGCCAUCGCCAUGAUAGGCGCGCUCGUCGCGGCACUCGCAAAAUCAAUAGGCGUCCUCAUCGGCAUGCGCUGCUUCCAGGGCCUCGGCUCCUCCGCCGUCCUCGCCAUCGGCGCCGCGACCCUCGCCGACAUCUACGACCCAGCAGAACGCGGCGCCAAGAUGGGCAUCUACUACGCCGCUCCCCUCCUCGGACCGAGUCUGGGCCCUAUCCUGGGCGGCAUACUCACGCAGUACCUCUCCUGGCGCGCGACGUUCUGGUUCUUGUUCAUCUGGAUGGGUCUUUGCGAGGCGAUGUUCUUGUUCUUGUUUAAGGACACGUACCGCAAGGAGCGCAGUUUGACGUACCAGUCCGUUCUGCGUCGCCAUGAGCGCGAGCGAUUGCGGCUGCUUGCUGCGUCGAAGCGAUCCAGUAUGGUCACCGUGUACGACAGGACACCGCCUCUCACGGAGAAGACGUCGGACGAGAAGCAGCCUGCUACGGCGCAGGUCUCGCCGAACAUCGACGUCGAGGCGGGCGGUAUUGAGACUCCGCCUGAAACUGCGCCAGAAGUGAAGGUUACACUGGCCGAUAUCAACCCCAUUCCGCCGCUGUGGAAGAUCUUGAGGCGAUGGAACAAUCUCCUCAUCUUGACGUCGUCGGGUCUCAUCUUCGGCUUCAGCUACUGCAUCAGCUACACCUGUGCACGUACUCUAGAGGACGACUACGGGUACAACGCCCUAGACACAGGCUUUGUCCUUCUCGCAUACGGCAUCGGCAGUAUGGGCGGCAGCAUCCUCGGCGGUCGCUGGUCCGACCGUGUGCUCGCAAAAGCCACGGCGCAAGGCAACCGUUCUCCCGAGACACGCCUUGUGAGCACGAAGAUCGCGCUUGUAUUCUUUCCGCUGCCCGUAAUGGCGUACGGCUGGCUAGCGCAAUUCCAAAUCCACAUCGCAGCGAUCUGCACCGCGCUUUUCUUCGCAGGCUUCUUCUCCAUAUGGAUCUACUCGAGCACCCUAGCCUACAUCGUCGACGCCAACAACGGCCGCUCCUCCUCCGCCGUCGCAACAAACUCAUUCUUCCGCGGCGUCAUGGCCUGCAUCUUCGCCGAAGUCGCCGUGCCGCUCCAGAACUCGCUCAAGGACGGCGGGUUGUAUAGUUUGUGGACCGGUCUGGUGUUGAUCUGUGAGGCUCUGUUGUUGCUGGUGCUGUAUCGUGGGCGGAGGUGGAGGGAGGCGGCGGAGAAGCGGGAGGCGCAUCACUGA